AUGCCCGCAUCCAUUUGUGACCCAGUCUCAAACGCAUUGCGUUUAUCCCUCACUGCUGAGGAAUCGCAAAGUUCAACUUUACUGGAUAGCAGAAUAUAUUCGUCGGCUAAAAAUGUGCUUCUUUCAAAAAUAGAGUUCGAAGAAUCCGGGGAUUACCAAAGUAAUGUUCUCGACGGAUUGAAGUCUAAAUAUGUUGUUAUUCGUCCUAAGAAACCAGUCCUAGACACUAAGCUUCUUAAAAAAGAUGGAAAUUCAGGCCCAAAUACUGAUCAUAUGAAAAAUAGUGAAGAUGGUAUACCAAAGCCCAAGAGGAUAUUAUUUCCUGUUGAAAAAGUACAAUUGGGUUGGCAAGGAGCAUGGUCGGCAGGCUCAGGAAUGCAGAAUGUGGGUAACACAUGUUACCUUAACUCCACUCUGCAAGCACUAUUUCAUGUCCCUGCACUUGCUAAUUGGCUUGUAUCUGAAGCUGCUCAUUCUGAAAAAUGUAAUCAACAAGAAGCUUGUGUCAUUUGUGGAAUGAGGGCUAGCCUGAUGGCUACACAAAAAAGUGCUGGUACACCAAUCAAACCAUGGCAGGUGUACUCUAAAUUGCGCCUUAUUUGUAGACAUCUUACACCAGGGCGCCAAGAGGAUGCACAUGAGUUUCUGAGAUAUCUUGUUGAAGCAAUGGAAAAGUGUUAUUUAUCAAACUUCAUAAACUCAGACAAAUUGGAUCAGUAUAGUAAGGAAACAACGCCAUUAAACCAAAUUUUAGGGGGUUACCUAAGAUCAACAGUUCGCUGCUUGGCAUGUCAUCACUUAUCUACUACAUACCAACAUUUUCAGGACUUACUACUGGAUAUACGAAAACAUUCAACAUUAGACGAAGCUUUAGAUUCAUUUUUCUCACGAGAGAGAUUAGAAGAUCUCGGAUAUAAAUGUGAGGCAUGCAAUAAAAAGGUAUCAGCAACUAAACAGUUUUUUAUAGAAAGGGCACCAAUGGUUUUAUGUAUUGCAUUAAAAAGAUUUUCUUUAGUUGGAGGAAAAUUAUCAAAGCAUGUGCAAUUUAGAAAGAAACUAUCUCUUUCAAAGUACAUGUAUAAUAAAAACACACAACAGCAGUUGUCAUACAAGUUGGUGAGCUUAGUGACACAUUUGGGACCAUCCCAAAACUGUGGACACUAUACAGCAAUAGGACAAGCUCCAAAUAGCAAUUAUUACCAGUUUGAUGACAGUUGUGUACGUCCUCUGCCAUUAUCUGCUGUUCUCGGAACAAAUGCUUAUAUCAUGUUCUUUGAAAAGGAUAAUACUAUAGAAGAUUUUAAUGGACCUUCGACGUCAACGUCAAAUUCAUUUUUUGGAAACCAAGUAUCAGAUAAUAUACUCAGUAGAGAUAAAAGUCCCCUGAAACUAACUUUGUACAGAAAUGAGGAUAGAAAACCAAUUCCAUUGAACAGUACACAAAGUAACCCUAAGCCUGAAAGUAAACCAAUAAUAUUAAAUUCCAGUCUUGGUAAAUCAACUGAUUCAAACAGUUCAAAUUCAGAACCAUGGGUAGUAAAACAGAAUGGUGAAGUGGAAAAAGUCUCUGUGCAACCGAAGAUCUUUAAUGGAGCAGAAUUGAAAAUUAUUGAUGAUAAAAAAAUUAGUUUCAUAUUAAAAAAGCAGAGCAAUGAGGAAGCACCAAAAGUGAAACACACUAAGACUGAUACAGAUGUCAACAGCAAUGCAUUUAUUGGACCAAAGCUGCCCGAGAAAUCUGUUUUAGGCAGUAAGCUAGUUAAACAAAAGUCACCACUUGAAAAAUUGGAGGAACAAAUGAACAAGGGCAAUUCAUCAAGUUAUAUUCAGAGAAAUGGCAACACAGGGUCAAAGUUAGUGCCAUAUGAUUCAGAAUCUAGCAGUGAUGAGCGAUUUGAGAAGUUAACUGAAGACAGACAAAAGAAGGAAGAAGUUAAAGAAGAUGUACGGAAGCAGAAACCUAGUAGAUGCCAGUCUCCUCAGCAUCUAAUAGUGACUACAAAAGGCAUGCACCAUUCCUGGACAGUGUCGAGUGAGGACAGUGCACCUUUACUUAGCCCUAGCUUAAAUGGAGAUACAAACAAAAAACUAAAAGACAAAGAAGACCGCCUCGGCGAGGUAGAACCCAGUCCAAAUACGAGCGUCAGUAGCAUGUCUCCACUGAGUGAACGCGGCGAGAGUUCUCCGCCUCGCGCCGAUCCGCCUGCUAUCGUGUCCACUGUAGCGCCACGCCCUGCGACGACCACGCCCCUUGACACCGCGAGACAUCUGCAAAGUGUGUCCCACAGGGGCUACGGUGCGCCGAUCUCUUCUUGGAAUGGCACCCAUAGCAUUAUAUCAAGACAGGUAUUCGAAGAAAGGCGAGAGGAACGUAAGCGCGCGCUAAACUCUACUGACGACAUGGACAGAGGCCGGACAAAGAAAGUGAAGAAAUUUCACCACUACAACCGCUUUAACAAUACGCGAAAUGACUACAAUCCAUUUCAGGAGAAACAAAAUAAAAUGUAUUGGGGUAAUAACUUCAAGUACCGUAAUGAGAGACGCCCUGGACACCACUUCAAUAAGCAUCACAAUAACAACAAAUACAAGCGAUUCAACAGAUUCAGUAAUGGGAACCACUACAGGCGCCAUUGA